AGAUAUCAUCAUGCCACCAAAGAAAAAGCAAAAACUCGAAAAACUCGACAAACCUACUUGCUUACAUACCUGCAACAAGACUUCCUUUGCAAAAGCUUUCCUGCCAAACGAGAUCUACCGCCAACGGCUUCUAGAUUACAUUGCCAUGAUCCAUCAACUUGCUGACCAUGCUUCCCACACUCUCAAAUUCUACAUCCUAUCUGCACCAUCCUUCACCGUAAACGAGGAGACCAUCGAAGCAAUUCUCUAUCUUCUCAACAAAGGAGAGGCUUGGCAACCAAAAACUGAUGCGAAAAGGGCAUUGCGCGAAUGCUUGCUGCCCUAUGUCCGACGGUACUGCCACAUCGUCGGCUUCGUUCAUCCAAAUCUACAAAAAGAGCAGCAAUCAGUCAAUUACCUGACAAUGAGUAUGAUGACGAACCUGAAAGUCAACGUCCAAGAGCAUUUCAUGCAGAUGAUCCUUCGGUAUAUCAAUCUGCGGCUUGACGUGAAGGGACGGAAAGGGCAAUUUCCUCCAAAGAGUGAAGCGCGAAAAGCUUUCUUUGCUCGGCUACGCUACUUGAAGUCAGUUUUCCUUUUCGAAACAAUGCCAGAAUCGCUGGAUGACUUGAGCAUUCUUGAAAACGAGAUUUUAGAAGAGAUCUGGACACUUAACCUGCCAUUUCCUGAUCAAGACAAGCCGCUUGCCUACCUCAUUGCCAUCGACGCGAUGUCCUUCUUGCCUGCAUACUGCAAACUCUCCCGCUCUAUGAGCAUCAUGGAUUUCGAUGGUUUAGCGCCAUACCUCUUCGCCGCUCCCUCAUCCAAAGCCAUAUACGCAUUGACACCGUCAUCCUCUAUUCUCAUGUUCUUUGCAUCCCCCGCAGACGCAGAGAGGCAGAAGCCAUAG